AUGUUUUAUGACCUGAAUGUCCCCUACUCUCCGGAUGAUCCCGAGAUAUCUCAUACCCUGAAUUUUCUCGCCGAACUUGGUUACACAACCGUCGCUCUUUCUCAGACAAUAACAGGAAAACUUCCCGCCAACCUUUCGCCUCCACCAUUCCCUGCGAAUGCUCCUAAGUCCCUCACCUUGUUGAGCCGCAUUAACCUCACUCUCUCCGAUCCAUCCCAGAACCAGCGUCUUGCAAAUCUUGCCCAAUUAUAUUCUAUCGUUGCGCUGCGCCCAACAAACGAGAAAUCCUUGCUGAACGCAUGCAACAAUCUCGACUGUGACCUCAUCUCCCUUGAUCUUUCGGUUCGAUUGCCCUAUCAUUUUAAGCUAAAAACCCUUGCGGCAGCUAUCGCAAGAGGGAUUCGAUUUGAGAUAUGCUAUAGCCCCGGGGUGACAGGCAGUGGCCUGGAGGCGCGACGGAAUCUGAUAGGCAAUGCCAUGGCGCUCAUCAGAGCCACGCGAGGAAGAGGCAUCAUUAUUUCCAGCGAGGCACGAAGGGCCCUCGCAGUGCGUGCGCCGAUGGACGUGAUUAACCUGGCCUGUGUCUGGGGUCUAUCGCAGGAACGGGGGAAAGAGGCUGUGUGUGAAGAGGCUCGGAAGGUGGUCGCGCUGGCGCGUCUCAAGCGAACCAGUUGGCGAGGGAUAGUAGACGUGGUACAUGGUGGAGAAAAGGAGACAACGGAAGCCCGAGGACAGGGCCAGAAAACGGCUACAGGGAACAAGCCUGCAUCCAAUGUCGAAAAUAACGGAGACAGUCUGAAGAGAAAGGCGUCUCAAGAUUCUGAGAGCCCGGCAGCCGAGAUUGAGAAGCCACUCUCGAAACGAGAGAUGAAGCGGAGGGCUAAGAAGGCUCGACUUGAGGCACAAAGCGGUGACCAGACACCCCCUGGAAUUCCAUGA